AUGAAGCAGAAAUUAGCUAAAAUUGCUGACAUCCUAGGGAAAGAAUUCGAUUUCGUUAUCGUCGGCGGCGGCACCGCAGGCUGCGUUGUGGCAGCCAGGCUGAGCGAGAACCCGAACAUAUCUGUCGCUUUGUUGGAGGCAGGCUCUGCUCACUUUGACGACCCGCUAGUUUCUGACCCCUUCCGUUGGACAAAGAUUAUCGACAACCCCAAAUAUGACUGGAAGUAUCUCACAACGCCACAACCAGGCCUACACGGGGAGCCCACGAUGUGGCCCAGAGGCCGUGGUCUUGGCGGCACAUCCCAAAUUAACGGGUUGCCCGGGCUUAAGCCUGCGGCUUGGGCCGGGCUCGGGCUCGGCUCGGGCUCAGGGCUCGGCUCGACGCUGCCACAAGCCCAAGCCCGGGCUUUGAGCCCAAGCCGGGCCCGCACAUCACUAGUAUGGAACCUGCAACAGCGCGAAGAAAUGGAUGCUGUUGGCGAGCUAGGCAAUGAGGGCUGGAACUGGGAGACCUUUCACAAGUAUGCGAAGAAGGUACAAAGGUUCUGCCCGCCUGACCCAAACGAGCGGAGUGAGUUCAAGAACCUGUAUAAGUCCGACGCCGUGGGACACGACGGCCCGAUUCCGCUAUCGUUCGGACGGGAUAGCUGUGGCGCCGACGCUGCCUGGCAACGCGCUCUUGCGGAGAACGGGGUCGAUACAAUAAGCACGGCGCUCGACGGCGAUAUCGCUGGGACGUGGAAGAGCGUCUCGAAUGUGGACCCUCACGCGGACGAAGUUGCCGCGACUGCGGUCGAGUUCGAACAUUGUGGACAGGUACACAAGGUCUUUGCACGCAAGGAGGUCAUUGUCUCUGCUGGGCACGUGUUUCCGAGCGCUGUGGAAUCACCGCAUGUCUUAGAACUCAGUGGCAUCGGUGACCGGAAGAUUCUUGAGCCUCUGGGUAUCCCUGUUCAGCUGGACUUGCCCUCAGUCGGCACGAACGUGCAGGAACAUAUCGCAAUGGCUGUCAGCCAGAUUAAGAUGGUCGAAGACCGCGGCCUGAUCACAUCCACCAUGCUCGACAAUAAGGGGCUCUCCGAGAAAAUCUGGAUGGAAUUCGGCCUGAAGGACUCCUUCAAGCUUUCCUUGAACAACUUCUCAUUCGUGCCCAUACAAAUUGGUUCAGAGCGCGCUGAGCAGCUCGUGCAGAAACAGAGCGCCAAGAUUGCAAAGGGCGAUUACCCGCUCGGACUCAAAGCGUCGUACGAGAAGCAGCUCGAGCUGCUUGAGAACCCCAAGGUACCCGACUUCGAGAUGAUGUUCCUGCCGUUCCCAAUCCUUAUGCCGCCGCCGGUACCCGACAAGCCGUACAUCACCAUCUUUCCGAUUGUUAGCCGGCCAUUCACGCGCGGGACGAUCCAUGUCCAGUCUGCUGACCCGAAGGCUUGGCCAGCGAUCGACCCGCACUACUACGAGGAGGAUAUCGAUCUUGAUAUUAUGGUCGACGCAACCAAGUUUGUGCGCAAGGUAACCCAGACCGAGCCAUUUAAGUCACUUGUUGUCGAGGAACAGCUUCCCGGACCAAGUGUGAACACCGAUGAGGAGAUGUAUGAAUAUGCUCGCAAGUACACCUAUUCGGGCUGGCACACGGCUGGAAGCAUGUCAAUGAUGCCUCGUGACAAGGGCGGUGUCGUUGACCCGCGAUUCAGGGUAUACGGCACCAAGAACAUCCGUGUUGUGGACUUGUCUAUUCUUCCCAUUCACACGGCUGUUCACCCUCAGGCCACCGUCUACGCAAUUGCGGAGAUGGCUUGUGACAUCGUUAGGCACGCCUAUCAGUAAUGUACUCCUAGAUCAUAGGUCGUAUAGUUACUCAUGUGCCCCGAAAGCAGGUAGUGUAUUUCUGACUCCGAAGUUUGCACUGUUUGCAGCCUCUGCCAGUGUUUCCGACCCCGCUCGUUAUUCACUAUUUGCCUGGCCCGAUCUCACCCCUGUCGA